UCUGUAGGGCGCAGUUCGUUCGUUUUCUGCGCUUGACUGCGCGCUCAUUCUCAUUUCGUAUAUGUGAAUAUGUGUGCGUCGACCGAACCGUCGACGACGAUACAGAUACAAUGCCCAUGCCACGACAGUGACGAGCGGGCAGUCAGAUUUUGGUAUUAGAAGCGAUAGUAGCGAGUGAGUGCGAGUGCGUACGUGCGGUCAACGUUACGGGCCAUUUUGCCUACCUUACCCGGCUAUACCCUUUGGAGAGGUCAUUUUCAAAGACUGCAAGUUUCCAGAAAAUCCGUUUUCCGUCGAUUGCGCUGAGCUCGCUGCGCUGAGUGGUGGGGGGAAAAGUGGGCCUGAUCAGCUUUUAGGGAAAUUCAGAAGACCAUUCCUGCGUCAGUAGUCGCAGAAGAAAAUAGAUGCUCGAAACUUGUGAAGUGUCAGAAAAGAAUUUUACCAUGGGUGACGAACAAGCAAACAAUCAACAAACCAUGAUGAAUAUGAUGGCGCAGUUGCGGCAACAAAUUGUUGAGCAGCAACAACAAUACCAGCGCCAACAGGAGCUGAUGCACCAGGAGGUACAUACGUUGCAACAGCAGGUGCAGCAACAACAAACGCUGUUGCAGCAACAACACCUACAACAGCAGCAAUAACAGCCACAGCAGCAGCAGCAACAGCCACAGCAGCAGCAACAACAACAACACCCAAUGCAGCAGUAGCCAGAAAAUGACGAGGACGCUGCACAGCCGUUGCGCCGCCAAAGAGGAACGGUUGCAGGUACAAGGCGAAAACCGUACCGCGGGAAAUUCCCGAGGGGAGGAGGGAGAGGCGGCAGAGGCGGCAGGGGGGGGCCGCCAAAUAAAUAUUUAA